AUGCUCGGAGUUGGGAACCGGCAACAGAAAGCCCAAAACAUGAUGUUACGAUCAAGGGUUGAUCUCAAUCAAGUUCAUCAGCACCCUCGCCUGAACCCUUACCACCGCCGGCAACUGAGCGCCGCCACGAACAUCGUUUACUGCGACUCCCAUUGCAUUUACACCACCGUUACUUCCGCCGGCUCCGUCGUCCGCGACUGGCUAUUCAGGCUGCGCCGUUACCACACCCACCGCCUCCGGCGAGGCCGGCUCCUCGUCGGCGUCGGAGUUCAAUGGACUCCCGGACGAAACCCUUCCCCUGCAACUCUCCAACUCUGCAUCGGCCACCGCUGUCUCAUCUUCCAACUCACCCACGCCGACCGGAUCCCAAUCUCGCUCCGCCGGUUUUUAUCCGACCCGAAUAUCACGUUCGUUGGGGUUAACAACAAGAGGGAUUAUGACAUGUUGGGGUACAAUUCCGGGCACCAGUUGUGGGUCCCGCGGCUGAUUGAUUUGGUGGACGUGGCCAAUGAGAAGAGAGGUUACGGCAUGAUGGUUUCUAUGGAGAAAUUGGCAGAGUGGGAGUUGGGAAUGAAGGGAUUGAAGAAGGAGAUAUUGGUUGGGAGGAGCAAUUGGGAUGGGUUUUGCCUGAGUUUGGAUCAGAUUGAGUAUGCUGCUGUUGAUGCUUUUAUUUCUUUCAUGCUGGGGAAGAAUUUGUGGGCUUGGAAUUGGAAUAAUUUGGAGGACGUUUCUGAUGAUGAUGAUGAUGAUGAUGAUGAAUUUGAAGAUGAUUAUAAUAUUUUUAAUGCUUAUCCUUAUGGCCCUUAUGAUGAUGAUGAUGAUGAUUCGGAGGGAUUCCCAAGUUCUGCAGGAAUUGACGUAUUGAUGGAGAAUCAAAUCAUGAAAGUAAUGGGUCUUUCGCAAUGGAGUUUAAUGCACAGAGGAGGAGGCGGUGGAGGAGACCGGUACCGGAGCCGCAGCCCCGACCCGUAUCACCAUUUCAACAGCAGUAAGUAUUCAAGAGCCGGUGGCUCUGGGCCUGGGCUUUUGUCUCCGGAUUCCGCCGAUAACCGCCAGCAUUAUCAUCCUUAUGACCGCCGCCGAAGCCCUAAUUAUCACAAUCCUCCUCCUCCUCCUCGUCCAGCGAUGGCCAAUUACAUGAAUAAUAACAAUAAUAAUUACCGCGGCGGUGGCAGAGGAGAUCGAGAUCGAGAUCGGAACCGUGAUCGUGAUUACCGUCGUCCUGCUUUCGAUAGUCCUCCUCCUCCUCCGGCUCCGGUGCCGGUGCCGACGUCGCGCUAUCCUCCCUCACCUGCUGCGGAUGGCGCUGGAUGGGGACGCCCGAUUAGUAGCGGCGACCGCGAUCGUGUCAGCAUUGACGUCGGGAGGGAAGGGUUUCAUGCGAUGUCUCCGCUGUCCGGGCAGAAGCGUGGGUUUUCCUCGUUUCCCGAUGAUACAAGAGGUCCUCCCGUAGCACCAACGCCAGAACGUUCUGAUGGAACCAGCUUUGCAAAACUAUUCGUUGGAUCUGUUCCUCGCACUGCCACUGAAGAAGAUAUACGUCCUGCAUUUGACCAGCAUGGGCGUGUUUUGGAGGUCGCUUUGAUAAGAGAUAAAAGAACCGGGCAACAGCAAGGAUGUUGUUUUAUCAAGUAUGGUACAUCUCAAGAAGCGGACAGAGCCAUAAGAAUGCUGCACAAUCAGUAUACAUUACCCGGGGGAGUGGGUCCAAUACAAGUUAGAUAUGCUGAUGGGGAGCGAGAACGUCUAGGUACAGCAGAGUUCAAGUUAUUUGUGGGAUCUUUAAACAAGCAUGCUACUGAGAAGGAAGUUGAAGAAAUUUUUGCCCCAUAUGGUCGAGUUGAAGAUGUCUAUCUCAUGCGUGACGAAAUGAAGCAGAGUCGUGGAUGUGGGUUUGUCAAAUAUUCAUGCAGAGAGAUGGCAAUGGCUGCUAUAAAUGCUCUUAGUGGAAGAUACACAAUGAGAGGAUGUGAUCAUCCAAUAACAGUUCGAUUCGCUGAUCCGAAGAGGCCAAGACUUGGUGAAUCAAGAGGAGAUGCUCCUUUUCGCGGGCCUGGUAUGGGUCCUCGGCUUCCACCACCACCAGGAAUCAGACCCCCAGUAAUGCUUGGUGAGCCUAUGCAAGAUCGAUUUCCAGCGAAUGCCUUGCAGCCCAUGAGUCCCCAAAAACCCGGGCCUUCCCCAUUGCAUGGUUUUGGAAACCAAUUCCAGCCUAGACCUGCUGAUACGCCUGUGGUCUCAAUGCCGGGGAGCAUCAAUGGCAGCAGUGUUCGUUGUACCACCAGCUCUUCACUUCCCGGAUAUGUGGUUUCUUCCUCUUCAACGAGACCAUUGAACUAUGGCCAGUCGAUGCCUCCAGUGGCCGGCCAGCAAAUAUCCCCGAUGCAGAAUUCACUUCAGUCACAGACCCAGUUGCCAUCUUCCCUUCAGCUACAACCACCAAAUGUGCCAUCGUUUGUCCAACGACCAGUUUCUCAUCCAUUAGGACCCCGACCAGGUAGUGAUCAAGUACAAAUCCCUGAAUCAACUGGGCAAACUUCGAAUCAGGCUUUGCCCCAACAACAGUCGAUUGAUUCAGGCAGGCAGUUUUCCGUUUCUCAAGCCCAGGCACAAUUGAAUGCAUCAUCUGUACGAAGACAAGGUUCAAUGAGUAAUUUACAUCCAGGUACUGCUUUAGCUGUAGUAAAUAAACAGCAGUUGCCACCUCCGCAGCAAUCAUUUCAACAACCUCCACAGCAAUCAUUUCAACAACCUUCGCAGCAAUCACCUUCUCAGCUAGGUCAGUUGUCACAACAGACUCAAACAGUACAGGCGAGCUUUCAAUCAUCACAACAAGCAUUCUCUCAACUUCAGCAACAACUCCCGUUGAUUCAGCCAUCGAAUCAGGUUUCAAUAUCACAACAGGGAGUGCAGCCUAAUAAACAGCAGGCUCCUUGGGCUGGUACUGCUCCUCAAACUGUAGGGAAUGCUUCUGGUGGUCAACCAAGAAUGGAGCCAUCUACUGCUCUAUCAGCUAACCUAGUUACUGCAACUCCUUCCAUAAACAGAGGUGUUGCUCCAGGCAAAUGUAAUUGGACAGAGCACAUCUCCCCUGAUGGUUACAAGUAUUAUUACAACAGUACAACUGGUGAAAGCAAAUGGGAAAAGCCUGAGGAAGUUGCAAUAUACGAGCAACAACAGCAACAGAAGCCUCCCUUUAUCCAAUAUUUUCAGGAGCAACAUUCUCAGGCCAAUCUGUCUGUUCAUGGUGUUCCUCAGAAACCAACUCAGGUCCAAAAUUAUACUCAGACACAGAAUCAGGCUCAGAAUCACCUUCCACCAUUGCAACAGCCUUCCCAACCUUUACCGCAUCAGGGUACUGGAGUUAUAGGUCACCAAACCAUUCAGGAAUUUAGAUACCCGCAGCUUCCUAUCGGAGGUGUUUCAAAAUCCAUGAACGAUCCGGGACGAUACCAGCAGGUUCAGCAGCCUGGCGAGGAUUGGAUGUGGAAGAACAAGCCUUCAGGUUGUCAUGAGAUCUCUUUCCUUUGA